CAGUCGCUGUUUAACUCACCGCGGAUGUUAAACAUGUUUAAAAACGGUUCCCGGUUUAAUAUAUGAAACCACCGACAAAUGUUUCAGAAGGCACGAACAUAAUAGACGACCGGCUGACUCAACCUGUUUACACCACGCCUUCCUGAAUCCUGUCUACGGUCUACACGCAAGUCCAAAAAGUUUGUUCGGAAACUAGACGUCAAAUCACCCGACGUGUCUCUGGAGUGUAGGAUAUGAUGCAUAUAAAUUUUAUGCAAACUUAAUAUCUCAAUAUCUGUGGCUAUCCGCCUGCGUGAAAUGGUUAGCUCUCCAGUGGAUACCCACCACCGAAGAAGAAACGAAACCACAGUUUCAUUUCCUCAUAAGCGCCGCUGUGGCUGUGUGCGUUCAGCGAUAGAAGCCGUGCAGCUGCAGGGGGAAUCUUCUGUCUGGACUCUGACUGUCGAAGGUAUUGUGCAAUGUUCACAUCUGGUCUUUGAAAUGAUGUGCGCCCAUCGUUCCCGUCUCCUGUCAUGGAUCCUCGUCACGUGUUGUGUUUUGACGGGACCGUACCGUUGCGAUGCCUCUGAGAAGAAGACCUCCUGCUAUGUGGAAGACGGCCGAGCUGACUGCAGUCGCCUCCGCCUCAGUGCGAUCCCUUCAGACCUUCCCAGGAACAUCACCAGCCUGGAUGUGUCCCACAACAUACUGAGAGGGAUUACCCCGCUGUCACUAAGCCUGUACCCGGGCCUCCUGCACCUCGACGCCGGUUACAACAGCAUCACCAAGGUGGACGCGGGUUUGUGCCAAACACUGCCUCUGCUGCAGAUGUUGAACCUGGAACACAAUCAGGUGCAUUUGCUGAAUACUGGAGAUAUGAGCCACUGCACCCGACUGACAUCGUUGAACUUGGCUAGUAAUAGACUAAAGCUGCAGGGAGAACCCUUCUCGUCACUGCAGAACCUAACCUUUCUAGAUGUUUCUAAAAACAAACUGCAGUCACCCAAGCUCGGCUCCCAGCCUCAGCUGCCCAGCCUGGUGAACUUCAGCCUGGCAUUCAAUGACUUCACCACUCUGAAGAAAGAUGACUUUUCAUUUCUUGACCAUUCAUCCUCUCUGCAAGUCCUCAACCUGUCAUCUGUGUUUUUAAAAACAUUGGAGCCCGGCUGCUUUCAGCACAUUUCAGGCCUGCGCACUUUAAUCAUGGAUGGGGGCAACUUGGGAACUCUGAUGGUUUCCAAACUGUGCUCAGAGUUGUCUGGGACAGCCAUCGAUGCUCUCUCUCUUCGGAAAAUGAGUCUAGUCAUGGUCACAAACAAAGUCUUUACAGGACUGCAGAAGACAAAUCUAACCUUCUUGGAUCUGUCCAGUAAUGGCAUGGGUAAAAUUGAAGACGGCUCAUUUCAGUGGCUAUCUAAACUUCAAACUCUAAAUUUGUCGCACAAUAACAUUAAGCACCUAACCAAUGGGACAUUUCAGGGGCUCAAUAGAUUGAAAAAAUUGGCACUUACAGAAGCACUGGUGAAAGGUCGUACCGCUGCCCCAGUUAUUGAUGAUUUUGCUUUCCAGCCAUUAGGCAUGCUAGAGAGUUUGAUGUUACAGAGGACUGCAAUCCGGGAAAUCGGAGAGCACACCUUUGCAGGCUUAAAAAGUCUUAAAAAACUUGACAUAAGCUGGAUUAGCUGUCCGUCACUCCGAAACAUCACCAACAAGACCUUAGCAUCUCUUGCAGAUUCACCAGUCAGAUGGCUAAAUCUUAUAAAUACAAAUAUAGCGCAGAUCAAUCCCGGAAGCUUCUCUGUUUUGCGAAACCUCACUGUUCUUCUUCUAGAUUACAACCAUAUCAAGCAAACUUUGACAGGCAGAGAAUUCGAAGGCCUAGAUCAGGUUCAGGAAAUUCACAUGAGCAAUAACUUCCAGUCAAUUGACCUAAGCUCCAGUUCCUUUAUUAAUGUGCCCAACCUUAGAGUCCUGACUUUGGGGAGAAGUCUUAAAGCUUUAGCCCUAAACCUAGAUCACUCUCCAUUCAAACCCCUGACCAACCUCUCUGUCUUGGAUCUCAGCAACAACAAUGUUGCUAACAUCAAAGACAAUCUGCUAGAGGGGCUUGUAAACCUAAAGGUGUUGAAACUCCAGCACAACAACUUGGCCCGACUGUGGAAGAGUGCCAACCUUGGUGGGCCGGUGUUGUUUCUCAAAGAUGCGCAGAGGUUGGAAUCCUUACAGAUGGAUUAUAAUGGACUGGAUGAGAUCCCACUGAAGGCUUUGAAAGGUUUGACUCACCUCAAGGAGCUAAGCCUUAGCAACAAUCUCAUAAAUAAUCUCAAGGACUCUGUUUUCGAUGACCUGAAGUCGCUGCAGGUAUUACGUUUUGAGAAGAACUUGAUCACAAGCGUGAGACCUGAAGUGUUUCGUACUCCCAUGAGCAACCUCACCCAGCUUAUCAUGGGCAGAAAUCCAUUCGACUGCACAUGCGAGAGCAUCCUGUGGUUCGUGACGUGGUUGAAUACCACAAAUACGACGAGUGUGCCAAAUGUCAGGGACGAGUAUGUGUGCAACACUCCACGAGCUUACUUUAACCACUCCAUCAUGGAUUUCGACCCCCUUUCUUGCAAAGACAUGACCCCAUUUCAGACUCUUUACAUAGUGAGCAGCACAGCCGUCAUCUUGCUAAUUGUAACCGCACUCACGGUGCGGUUUCAUGACUGGAGGAUCCACUUUUACUGGAACAUAAUGAUCAAUCGCACAUUAGGAUUCAGUGAUGCCAAAGUUGACGAAGGCAGAGAAUAUGAGUACGACGCUUAUGUCAUACGUACGGAGGAAGACUCCAGUUGGGUGGAGAGGAGGUUGGUCCCUUUAGAGAAUGAAAAGUGCCAGUUUUGUUUAGAGGAUCGAGAUUCAGUCGCUGGCAUGUCACAGGUGGAAUCCAUUGUGACAAAUAUGAAAAAGUCCAGAAAAAUCAUGUUUGUCGUCACCGAAAGUCUCCUCAAAGAUCCCUGGUGUAGACGAUUUAAAGUCUAUCAUGCACUUCAACAAGUCAUCGAAGAAAGCAGGGACUCAGUCAUCCUGGUCUUUCUUCAGGAUGUGCACGAUCACAAGUUGUUUCACUCACUCUUCCUCCGCAGAGGAAUGUUACGUUCACGUUGCAUUCUGGACUGGCCUGUCCAUAAGGAAAGGAUACCAGCAUUUCACCAGAAGCUUCUCAUUGCACUCGGCUUGACUAAUCGGCUGAAGGACUGACUUGUUUAUCCUUGAUAAUCAUGACAGAUUGCAUUCUUGAUUCUUUCCACAAUAAAGACAGGAUUUGAAGAC